CAUAAUUUUGCUUUCGCCGCUUACAACAUCCUGUGAUAGAAGAAAGAAAAUGGAAGAACUCUAUGACUAUUCUCAACAUAAAUAUUGUCUUAUUAUGGAUUUGGAAUAUGACACCAUUGUGUCUAGCAUUAGUGUCCUUAAUAGAUCUUCACAUCUGCUUGAAAGAAUUCACAAAACAAACAGUACCUCAAUUUUAUAUCAAACUAACACCGGAACCGUUAUUGCUAAAAGUCGCUUGGUUACUGAAAACCGGGGUUUAAAAAGACACCGAAAAGGGGUUAUUCAUAUACGUAACAUUUUUGACAAGCUUGCUACCAAUGAUUCAAAAUUUGAGCAACUAUCUAUCCAUCCCACGGCGAAAAAUGCGGGUCUUUUUCAGGGAGCCAUCACGGUGUUACAAACCAUACUACAGGAAUGGCAGCAAGAGUUGAAUGCUACAAAUAUGGAUUUUUAUUACGCAUUUAUAAUCCCUGCAAAUUGGGAGUAUAAGAUAAGAAAAGAAUUGAUCCAGCCUCUAUUUGUAAAAGCUGGUUGUAUGCAUGAAAAUAAUGGCCAAGGAAGAUUGUUGUUUUUUUCAAAGUUAGAGUCAUUAUUUGAAAGUAUGCAGAUAUAUUCCGGUGCCGAUGAUCUUUUGAAAAUAAAGCAUGGAAAGCAAUACAUUUUAUGUACACUAAAUGACCGAAGAACAUACUCCUUGGAUAUAUACUUGAUAUCAGCUCAAUAUCCUGCUUUCACAUCAGCAACAGGAAGAAAAUGGGUCCCACAAAUAUUGAAACAAGGUUCUAUUGAAAUAUCUUAUGGAUUAGAAAGACACCGAUCGUCAUUGAUAACAUGUUUGGAAAAGCAUUGUAAUACUACUUUAUCAUCAGAAUUGAUCGGCACACUGCUGGAACUUUUCAAUAAAGGAUUGAAAAAUUGGGAACGUAUAUUUUAUCCACCGUUAAAUAGAUAUCUAUCCCGCCAGCCGUUUAAAUAUUUAAAAGAUGAUAAAUUCGACAGGUUUAAAAAAGAGGAAAUCCGUGCUAUUCGAUUGCUCACUUUAAAAGAUAUACUUGAUGCUUCGUCUAUUUCUGCCGAAAAGGUCUUUAAAAGCGAAAUGCGUAAAUUUCUUGAGGGCACGAGCAAUAUCAAAACCAAGUCGAUGCUCAUCUUUCACACAAUAGAAGAUAACAGCAAUGUUAAUUCAGUACAGUUUCCCGCGUUAAUUGAAAAGUGGUCGAAAAGUUUCAGCGAAGAGCAACACAAAUCGUUCGAAACAAUCAAGGCACUUGAAUACAAUUCGCAAGACGUUGCCAAUAUGCAGCUUGUAACAAACCAAAUGAAAGAAUUUAGUAUGCGCAGAAACCCAGUUAUACUACCUAUGGAGAAUGCAACUGAACAAUCCAAAAAUUGUUUAAAGCCUAUUAGUUUCGUCAAUAUCGAUAUAUCACCAACACAAAUCAAGACUAUUUUUACAUACCUAGACAAAGAUAGACAAAUUAAGCAGACGCAAAAUAUUGAAUGCAAUAUGCAACCAUUGACUAGUUUUAUCACGACGCAAUCACAUUUAUAUCACAGACCAAUACUCCAUAUAACAAAUAGAAUGAAGUUACUUUUAGAAAAGACUUUUGACGACUAUCUUAAAUUAUACUCAACUUACAACAUACAGAGUAUGAUAAUAACGGACACGACAACGAAUUUAUUUGAUCGACUUUUCCGAAAAAAGCAAAUGAAACUUACUUUGGGUAACAUUGACAGGAUAAAAACAAGUCAAAAUAGUCAAAAGGAAAUAAGAAAAUUAUUUGUUUCAUCCAAUCCAAACCUAUUUAAGCAACUUACGAAAAACCUUGACAUGGACGAUUUUUUUGCAUCGAAGGAUAAAUUUCGUGAUGCGAAGAGCGAGUCAUUCACUACCUGUCAUCCAGGUUACAUCUACUUUUUUAUGAUCACCUAUCUGCACUGUCUCAACAAGCGGUUGAGUGAAAAAUUAGCAAAUAAAUUAGGGAGAAAAUGGCGAGGCAAUCAUCUUUGGUAUGGCGUCUCGAUUGAUAAGAAUCUCUUGGAUACUGUUUUCGGCUCCAAAAAAAAUUUGGAAAAGUUGUUUUAUGCCGGCGGUAUACUUCAACAAGAUGACACGCUUCGAAAAUUAAAAACAUGUACUCGUGGAGAAGAAAUUCUACCAGCUAUUCAACAAAGGCUAUUAGGUUUGAAUUUUAGGUUGAAAUCAUGCUUUGUUGUUGCGCAAAUAUUUUCAAACCACAUUCAGCUCAGUUUGCACCAAACUGUGAAACUAUCUUCAACCGGAGACGAUGCAGCUUCGAUUAUUAUUCAGGAUGAAGUGCUACAUAUCGAGGAUGUAUAUGAUACACUUUGUAAAAAUGUCAUGAAGAGCAUACAAGCCAAUAAUUGCCAAGUUAAAUAUUGCUCCGCGCACAGGAAUAAGCAAGAUAAACGAUAUAAUUUUGAAACAUUUGAAACAUAUAGCAAUAUAUAUCCAAAUUUAAAACCAUGCCUUGUUAAAUUGUUGGAACAAAACAGGGUAAAUUUGGACAUGAAUUCUAAAAUACAGAUGAACAUGAACAGCAAAUGUGCUUGCAAUAUCACCAUUUUUCUUCGUGACAUUAUUGAAGUAUGUCUUGUGCCAGUGGUAGAAAUCAUGGCAACAGAUAUAGUGGCUUCUUUAACAAACAAGAUGUUAUUUGGAAACUAUGUACCGAAUUAUAUUUUUGUGUUUGGAGAUCCGUUUAAUCUGACUUAUGGUUCCAAGAUCCACACCGUAUACACCAUGAUAAUGCAAAAGGCGAUGGAUGAUGGCAUACACUUGAAAGAAAAAGAUACAAAGGCAUAUAUAUUAAGAGAUUCUAUUUUCCAAUUACUGGAGCUGUUUGUGCAGAGAAAAAAGCCAUACUUGUUAGAAAGGUUUGUCACUGGAACGUUAUGCCAAGUCUCAAGCGAAACAUUUGCGGUACGCCUUGAAUCAUUUUUGUCAAUCAAGUCUGAUCGAUUCGUUCGAAUAAACAGUAAAGGGGUUGUAAAAAAUAUCAUAGAAGGAGAUGGUAGCUAUCUCGUAUUUAUUCAAAAAGGGAAGCCAAUUUCAAAAAAGGGUUUAAUCAUUAAAACCACUGGAUAUCGUGAUCCGGCAAGAGAAUCGGACCCAAGAUUAAAAGUUCUUCAAUUAGGUACUUCAAUAGGUACUGUUCCGGAGAAAUAUACUUUGCUGUUCUCAGGCACCACUGAUUCAAGUUAUUAUAUAAGCUGCAAGAAUGAUACGGGUAUUUUGGUCAAAACUUUGGUGUUAGAAUGUGAACAGAUGAGCAAUAGUAUAUCUAUCAAAUUAUCAAAAGGGUGUCUAAUCAGUGUUGAUGACUAUAUUUAUUCUCCUUACUACAGUUAUCUAAAUAUUAUUGAACCAUUGACACUCGCCUAUAUUUAGUAUAUCACGG